UCAUGAUGCUUGCCAGUCAAUGUGCUCUUUGGCAAAUUGUAACCUCUUUAGCACACGUCUUUUUUUCAACAGUGGGACUUUGGGGGGGCUUCUUGCAGAUAGCUUGGCUUCACAUAGGCGUCUUCUAAUUGUAACAGUACUCACAGGUAACUUUUUAGACCUUCUUUCAUCUUCCUGGAGCUGAUUGUUGGCUGAGUCCUUGCCAUUUUGGCUAUUCUUCUAUCCAUUCAAAUGGUAGUUUUUUGCUUUCUUCCACGUCUUUCAGGUUUUGGUUGCCAUUUUAAAGCAUUUGUGAUCAUUUUAGCUGAGCAGCCUAUCAU